ACCAUGAGUUGAAUGGAAACUCCUAUAAAUUUAUAUCAAAACACACAAUCCCAUUUGAACAAGUACUCUAGCAUAGUUUUUGAUUCAUAUCCUCCCCAAAUGGGUAUUUGUAAUGGUGAAUUGAUUAGCCAAAUUUCAAACCCUGAUAGUCCUCUAGACAUUGAGGAGUUCAGAAGGCAAGGCCACAUGAUCAUAGAUUUCCUUGCUGAUUAUUAUCAAAAUAUUGAAAAAUAUCCCGUAAGAAGCCAAGUAGAUCCAGGGUACCUUAAGAGCCGUUUGGCAGAUUCAGCUCCAUAUCACCCUGAAUCCAUUGAAACAAUUCUUAAUGAUGUUGAAAAAGAUAUUCUUCCAGGCAUUACACAUUGGCAAAGUCCUACUCAUUUUGCUCUUUUCCCUUGUUCAAUGAGCAUCCCUGGAUUUCUUGGCGAAGUUCUCAGCACUGGCUUCGGUACCGUUGGGUUUAACUGGAUGUCAUCCCCGGCUGCAACUGAGUUGGAGAAUGUUGUCAUGGAUUGGUUUGGAAAAAUGCUGAACCUUCCGAGUUCAUUCUUGUUUAGUGGUGGUGGAGGAGGUGUCCUGCAAGGUACAACAUGUGAGGCCAUGGUAGCCACCCUUACUGCCGCCAGGGAUCAGAUGCUUAGAAAAAUUGGAAAAGCAAAUAUUGGAAAGCUGGUUGUUUAUGCAUCAGAUCAAACACAUUUUUCUGUCCAAAAGGCUGCACAAAUUUCUGGGAUAAAUUCGAACAAUUUUCGUGUCAUCCAAACGACAAAAUCCACCAAUUUUGGGCUCUCUUCAGAUUCAUUGCAUUCUGCAAUCAAUGCAGAUAUUGAUGCUGGUUUAGUGCCACUUUUCUUAUGUGCCACAGUUGGGACAACCGUAGCAACUGCUGUGGAUCCAUUACGAUCGAUCUGUGGGCUUGCUAAGCAGCAUGAGAUUUGGGUUCAUGUUGAUGCUGCAUAUGCAGGCAGUGCAUGUAUAUGUCCAGAGUUUCAACAUUUUCUUGAUGGAAUUGAUGGUGCAAAUUCUUUCAGUCUUAAUGCACACAAAUGGUUCUUUACCACCCUGGAUUGCUGCUGCCUUUGGGUUCAGGAUCCCAAUGCCCUUAUAAAAGCCUUGUCGACAAAGCCUGAUUACUUGAAGAACCAAGCCACUGACUCUAAUCGAGUGGUGGACUACAAAGAUUGGCAGAUAGCAUUAAGUCGGAGAUUCAGAGCUUUGAAGCUUUGGCUUGUCUUAAGAAGUUAUGGCAUCGUUAACCUCCAAAAAUUCAUAAGAAACCAUGUCAAAAUGGCCAAACAUUUCGAAGGGCUGAUAGCAAAGAAUAACAAUUUCGAAGUUGUUAUUCCUAGGAAUUUUUCUGUGGUAUGUUUUAGGCUUUCUCCAUUUGCAUUAACUGGAAACCAAAAGAUCAUGUCAAGUGAGGAAGAUUUGAACGAGAUCAACCGCAAACUUUUGGAAUCCAUCAAUUCAUCUGGUCGUGUUUACAUGACUCAUGGUAUGAUUGGAGGAGUAUAUACCAUCAGGUUCGCUGUUGGGGCAUCUCUAACUGACUACAGGCAUGUUGAGUUGGCCUGGAAAACGAUACAAGAACAUGCUGAUACAUUGCUCAAUGAUCUCUGUGUUUAGAUGAAUUUCCUGCUCUUCACUACCAUAUUUCAACCUCCUAUUUUAAUAAUGUUUCCACCUAAUCUCAUUGUACUGGAAACAUAGAUUAUUGUUAUUUUCAGUAACUUGGGUUAUGUUCAUUGCAUGUAAUGCAACGGAUUUGUCAAUAAUAAUAUUUUUUUUUUGUGUUGAUUAA